AUGGCGACGAAUCGUCUUCAUCAGGAUUAUACCGUCGCUUGGCUCUGUGCCUUGCCCUGCGAGAUGGCUGCCGCAGAAGCCAUGCUGGACGAGAAACACUUUGACCUACCAACUGCGACGGGAGAUGAUAAUACCUAUAUUUUGGGUCGGGUAUACAGCCAUAAUGUUGUGAUUGCGUGCUGCCGAUCCGGUGUUUAUGGCACGACGUCAGCAUCGACAUGCGCAACACAACUGCAAGCAACGUUCAAGUCGAUCCGGUUCUUUUUACUUGUCGGCAUCGGAGGAGGAGCCCCGACUGACAAGGCCGAUAUUCGACUUGGCGAUGUGGUGGUAAGCAGGCCGACCAGGGAAUUUGGAGGCGUGGUACAAUACGAUUAUGGUAAGACGAUAAGCGGCGGUCGCUUUGUGCGUACUGGACUGCUGAACAAGCCACGAUCGGUGCUAUUGACGGCCAUCGCUAGACUGGAAGCAGCACAUAAGGCGGCACCAAGCAAGAUCCCUGCUACAUUGGCGGAGAUGGUAGAGAGAAAUCCCGGCAUGGGGAGGUUCACAUACAAAGGCAAAGACCGGGAUAUCUUGUUUGAUUCGGAAUAUGACCACUGUGAGGAGAAUGAUACUUGUGAUGACUGCGAUACUCAAAGGGCCGUGGUUAGACCUGAUCGAAUGGAUUGUGAGCCUGUUGUCCACUACGGGCUCAUUGCGUCUGGCAAUCAAGUAAUAAAGCACGCCCAAACAAGAGACAGGCUAGCGCAGGAACUUGGAAUCCUAUGCUUUGAAAUGGAGGCCGCCGGGGUGAUGGACGACUUUCAGUGCCUCGUGGUUCGAGGAAUUUGUGACUACUCAGACUCGCAUAAGAACAAACAGUGGCAGGAAUAUGCGGCAGCAACUGCGGCAGCCUUUGCGAAAGAGCUUCUUUCUGUGGUCCACGCAGUUCAGGUUUUGGACACACCAUUACUAAAGUCAGACGCAUUGUAUUACCGUGCAAGUCCUCCAUCUGGGAAGACGUAUGCCCUAGAUAGGCUUGUGCCUCAAGACGACGCUUCAGAUUUUGAAUUGAUGAUUCAUCGGAUAUCGGAUUACGACGAGAAAAGAGUGCAUAGAAGGCUCCUGCAGAAACGGCUUGUGGGUACUACGCGGUGGUUCCUUGAUAAUACAGAUUUCAAGGCCUGGUUCAGUGAGAGAACUGUUUCUGCGUUGUGGUGCUCGGGGAAAAUUGGCUCGGGCAAAACAAUAAUAGCGUUGGUUUCUUGGUUCCCUCGUUCGAGAUUUUAG